GUAGCAUCGUCAUGCCGCUCAUUGCACGCGCUCGGCUGCCAAGAACCGGCCCCAGGGAUUUCCGCUGCGGACCAAAGCUGUGUGGAUCGGCAAGAGGUUCUUUCAACGGUAUCCUCAGUGGAAACCGUGACUAUAAGGCCUGACCAUGCCGGAUGCAGAGGUUGAAGAGAGUCAGGAGGACGACGAUGCAAAGAAAAAGAAGAAAGGCAAAAAGAAAGGCAGCAAAGGAAAAGGAAAAAAAGGUGGCAAGUCGAAGAAAGGAAGUAAGGGAAAGAAGGGGAGCAAGGGAAAAGGCAAGAAGGGAAAGAAAGGUAGUAAAGGCAAAGAAAAGAAAGGGAAGAAAGACAAAAAAGGAAAGAAAGGAAGCAAGGGCAAAGGUAAAAAGGGCUCCAAGAAAGGGAAAAAAGGAGGGAAAGGCAAGAAAAGCGGCAAAAAGGGCAGCAAAAAAGGGAAAAAGGGAAAGAAAAAAGCUGAAGCUGAAGAAACUCGACCUCCAGCAGAAGAGAGUAAACCAGAACCAAAAGCUGGAGCCACGCAGCCAUCUCCAGCAGCAUCACCAGCUCCUGCACCUCCUGCAGCUGCGUCACCUGCUCCUGCCGCAACAGCAGGGGCACCCCCACAAAAAUCCACAGUAGCACCUGGUCCUCCGGCAGGUACUCGGCCUAGGACUGCUGCUCCUCAAGCCAUGCAACCUAUGGCUCGACGCAUGGGAUACCCAAUGGGAUACCCAGCGAUGUCUAUGUAUCCACAAAGCAUGGGGCAAGCCGUAGGCUUCCAACCACAAAUGAGGCCACCAUACGGAACAAGCUCGGACAUCACUGACUACACCAGGGGAUAUGGAACAGAAGACACGUCAUCAGUCACAACCUUCGGGGCCAAGCGACCAGGCGUGGUAGUUGACGUCAUGUACCGGCUCAGGCCCAGAUUCGAGACCCCUUCCUAUACGUCACUUGAAACCAGUGCCGCGCCGGAACAGUACUACAAACAAGGAACGUAUCCGUCGGGUGCGGGCUACUACAGCGACACUGAAAGUACGACGACCUACUACGAUGUGACUACGGCCAACGAAAGUAUUUCAGCCACAGUGAUUAGUGAAAUCGGAGGAAGGCCGCCGGUUGCGCUGUCAAGUGACGUCUUAUAUGGAGCGCCUGGCAUGAAUCAGAUGCAGCAGUUUGUUCAAGGCCUAGCGAACACACAGUAUCCCGACCUUCCUCCGACGAUACAGAUCCACAUGCAACCACCACUAGAGCCGGUAUACCACGAGCUUCCGAAACCAAUCAUUAUUCACCAGCAGCAGCUUUCACAAACGCCACAGGAAGAACCACGUCACACACGAUCAGCAUCUCGAGACCUUAACGCGUCAAAGUCAUCUCGGCGAAAGCGACUUAAGCGCAGAAAGCAUAAACGACGCCCGCGAAGAUCAAGGCUAACGGCUGAUGCGGAGCUUCCAAAACCCAUCAUAAUACAUACCCCAACGCAGCCAGCACCCUUUUCACCACCGCGAGAUAUGUUACCACUUACGAUCAGCCCAAUGCAGCAGAUGCUGGCACAAGGAACCGAGACGCCCGACAUGAUACAACAACGUUUGGCGGCUCAGCAAGGAGAACUGCAGAUGCUCAAAGCGAACCAACAAGCGUGGCCGCGUGGCCACCGGCAAAAGGACGUUCUGCGCCUGUUGGAGUCAAACCAACUGCAGCAACUUCUACAGCAGCCCCUGUCGCAACAGUCCAGUGUGCAGCAGCAGCUCGACCAGCAACGGCUUCAGUUCCAACAGCAGCAGCUUCAACAGCAACAAUUACUCCUUCAGAAGGCGCAGCUUCAACAACCACAAAUGCAGGUUGGUGAUCUGAUGGGAUUGCAACAGCCACAAGAUCUCAUGAAACAACAAAAUCGGGCGCUGACGCCUCAGCAGCGGAUGGUUCUCCAGCAGUUACAGUUACCACCAUCCGAAGUUAAGUUGUUGCAACAGAACAUCGUGCUUUCACCAUCGCACCGAUACCUCCUUGAGAAACACAUGGAUAAGCUAAUGCAGGUGCUUCCUCCAGCGCAGUGGCGACUACUGCAACUUCUUUUAUCGGAUUACCAGCGUCGGAGUCAGCUCCCUUCAUACGUACCGCAUGAGCCGCCUCUGGUUCCACCACAAAGCUCCAUGUUCUUUCAAAAUGCAAUGCCAGAACCGCAGAAUCCUCUCGUCAUAACGCAUGAAACAUCAUCGUUACUGUACUUGAGAAAUCCCAUGGUUGUUCGCCAAAAGACCCAAGCUACCGUAGAUCCUUCCCAACCUAUUAUCAUUCGUCGUAAAGCCCAGGCGGCAGAUCAGGGAUUGGCAUCCACCGCCCGUGUUCAACGACGGCGUGGUAGUCGAGAAAAAGCCCGCCGAAGAAAGAGUCGUGGCCGCGGGCGAUCAAGCCCGCUCGAUUACCCCCAAAGUGGAAGCCCCUCUAGCAGCAACCCACGCCUAAGCCCGCGAAGCAGUUCAAGUAGCGGGCACAGGCGGCGUUCUUCAAAGCCAGGGCGGGAAUCUCCGCCUCCUCUGGUGAUCAUUCAUCACCAGCCUUCAGCAGUUCCUCCCGGACAAUCUUCACCGCCUCCCGUGGUCAUCCACCGUCAGGCUCCGAAUGACGCCUCCAUGCAACCACCUCUAAUAAUACACACUCAAACUCAGCUGCAGUCUCCUGGGUCACCUUUACCGUACCAGUCUAUGCCGCCUCCACCAUUCAUGUGUUCUCCCGCUCCCCCCUAUAUGCCGAUGGAUUCGCCAUCAAUGAUGAUGAGUUCGCAGCCAAAUUCAUUCAUGAUGCCCCGGAUGAUGCAAAACAUGAUGCAAAACAUGAUGCCAAUGAUGCCUCCGGCCUGCUCUCAGGUCUCGUCUCCCAUGAUGCCGCCCAUAAUGUCCUCAUCAAUGAUGCAACCACCAAUGCCGAGACAACAGCCUCAAGUCUCAACAUCUGAGAAUGGGUUAUAUCAAACAGAAAGGGGACGCCGCUACGAUAGAGGUGAUAAUGAACGAGGCCGAAGGUACAAGUCGAGGGACAGGCGGUCCAGAAGAUACGACGACAUGUCAAGUUCUUCAUCGUCCACUGCGGAAUAUGCGAUAGGUUCAUCGGUUUAUCAACAGUCGCCACAGGACGCACUGCUCUCUCCAGUCCAGGGCGGAGGCGCAGGAAACGUGGGAUAUAGUAACGUUCAAGGUCAAUACCUCGCGCAGACAGGAGGGAGCCAACAGGACUUGAGAUCCAUUGAGAGGGCCAUAAGGAAGCUUUACAUGCAUCGAUACCCCAGUGACAUGGCGAGACCAUCAUCAUUUCCGGAGAGGUCGUUGAUAUUGAUAUUGGGAACGAUAUUCAUCUUCGCGGCAAUGCUGGUUAUACUGGCCAUCAUAGGGUCCUCGUUUCCAUCGCUUUUGAAACCAGCGUCACAUUCGCUCACUCCUGUUCUACCAAGAGCCGGUCCUGGCCGAAAUAUGACGAAGAAAUAAGAAAAAAGAGAGAAAAGAGUUGGCUUUGUUUAGACGUGUACGUGUACUGCCACCACAGGAAACGAUCAAGGCAGCUUAUACAGUCGUGACGCUGUCCAUAAAAUGAAAUGCCAGGAAUGGCAAUCGUUACUAGCUUGCUGCAUAUCCUGCCGCUGUUGAUUUGCAAAAGUCACUGCGCUUCGUCAUACAGAGGUCGUGUGAAUUACGACCUCUAUAGCUGACAACACAUAUUUACAAAAAAUUUAUAUGAAAGCCCAUGUCGGAUGCAUCAUACCACGCCACAAGUGUUGUCAAAAGUGUGUAUGUGGCAAUAAUAGUCCGACGAUUCUUCCCUUCGCUCUGCGGUAACUGUUGAUUGCAUUGCGAAGCCUAUAACUGCCCUUUACCCAAUGAAAGACUUCCACACAUGCAUGAAUGUCACCUUGAAAAUAAAGCUUUCGAGCAUGCUCA